AAGACGAAGCUGAAGAACGUUUACACUUCGCUGUCUGACUGUCCGCUCUUUGUGGUGUGUCACAUCUUCCUGAACUGAAUCGCAGAUGUCGCUGCGGCUUCAGGGUUCGUCAACAUCUGAUUUCAGCACUGCUGCAUCGUCGAAGAAAGCCAGCGAGUACUUCGAAAGCUUCCGAGAACCGCCAGAACAUGAAGAACAAGAAGCUGCUUUACCGGCCUUAGGGCGCCCACGCGAACAGAACUAUGAGACACUGGCACCGGACAGGAAGAUGUGGGCCACAGACACGCACCUCGUACUGGCCUGCUUGGGUAUCGUCCUGGGCAUGGCUAACCUCUGGAGGUUCCCGAAGGCUGUGUAUGAGAACGGAGGAGGUUCAUUUCUGUUGGCCUACGUCAUCGUGUUGGCCGUCGUCGGAUAUCCGCUUUUUUAUUUGGAGCUCAUUAUGGGCCAAUAUACUCGACUAGGACCCAGCGCCCUUACCAGAUGUGUCCCUUUGGCCAAAGGUGUGGAGAUGGGCAUGGCGUUCGUUGGGUUCGCCAUAGCCGUCUGCUUGAACGUCGUGUUGGCCCAAUCCGUGCUGCAUCUGUUUCUCACCUUCAUUGACUUGAACCUUUUGCCGGUGUCUGGUUGCUACGGCUUCUGGGAGCGAGAACUGGAGACGUGCUACAGAAUAGAAAAAAAAAUCUGCCAACCGAGUCAAGCACGAGCACCUGCCAACGUCACCCGUGGAAGAGGUCACCUUACCUCAGCUAAUGACCCUCACUACCUCAGGCCCUAUCGCUACGACGAUGCAGUGAUGGACUGCGUCAAUAUUACGGAGACGAUGAACGAGCACUUCGUCCACGUUUCUAUUGGGAUGAACAACCGCGACGUGGGAACUGCCGUAGGAAUUCAGCCUGAGCUCACCAUUUGUCUCGGUUUGAGUUGGUCACUCCUCUUUGUCUGCAUCUCGACGGGUCUGACUACAUCUCGUAAGAAAAGCUCUGCCAUAGCUUUGGUGCCCAUGGCCCUGUCUACUCUGCUUAUGGUGUCCACCGUGUGGCAGAACGGGGCUGGCUAUGGCCUCCUCUACUUGGUCAUUCCAAAGUGGGAGAAGCUCCUCAAUGUCACUAUAUGGACAAAUGCUGUGAUUCAACUGUUCUUCAACUUAGGCCUGGCUCACGGUCCCAUUCUUCUCUAUGGGAGCUACAAUAACUUCUACACUGACAAUCACCGGGCUGCGUUCAUAGUUCUCGGGCUUAGUUUCGGAGCCAGCAUGAUGUACUGCAUCAUCAUAUUCUCUUCUCUGGGGCGUCUUGCCUUCCACCUCAACAUCCCGGUAGAGAAGGUCAUCCAUGGAGGACAAAGCAUCAUGUUCGUGGCCAUGAAUAAGUACUCCGUGCACUGGACACUCUCAUCUUUGUUCUUUGUCCUGGCUGUUGUAGCAGGAACCAACUCACAGGUGGCAGCAGUGGAAAUUGCAACGGCUCAUUUAUGUGACAUGUUUCCCGAAAUCCAUUACAACAAGAGGCCAUUUGCCCUGCUCUACUGUUUUGCCGGAUUUGUCUUCGGCUUACCGCUUGUCACUGAAGGAGGCUCCUACUUACUCCACAUGGUGGACUCCCAGGUUACAGGAUUUCUCUUAUCCUACUCUGCAUUUCUUGAAGUCAUCGUCGUGGCGUGGGUAUAUGGGGUGGAACACCUGAAGCUCGACAUCAUGUUACUGAACGGAGAAACUUCGACGCUGAAGCUGGAGUAUGCAUGGCGCCUUCUUAUACCCGUCAUAUUAGGGGGAACGGUGCUAGCAAGCCUGGUGACUGGUUGCAGUUCACUCCGCUUCGGUCCAAUUGACUAUCCAUUAUAUGCAUGCUAUAUCGGCUGGAGCAUCAUCAUCGUAGGUGCUCUCCAGGUGCCCUUCUGGGCGUUGAUCUCCUCCUUCUCCGCGAAUCAGCCUCUGGAGCAAUGUCUCCUUCCAGCUUCCUGCCAGGAAAUGAACAUUUCUGGAUCGGAUCCCCUGGAUGUCCCUAGAAGAUACCGACAUAAUCCAUAAACCUCUUUGCUGCAUAGCUCGCUGCUUGUGUCGAAUAUGCAAUUAAUAAAAUACCAACGUAACCAA